GAGUUGUCCUGUUGCAACACCCGUUCCAGAAAUGUCAUUCCGGUUAAGGCAACAACAUCGAUUGUUUCCUGAAACUACUUCAUAUUUUGACGAUACGUCAAAAGGAAUACCUCGUUUAACGUAACGAGACGGUUAUUUGUUAUGGCUGUUGCCGAACUGGUGGCAAAAUGCUUGCAGGCACGCGAGAUGGCUUACUGUCCUUACAGCAGGUUUCCAGUCGGUGCCGCCAUUCUGACGACAGGGGGCGCUAUUAUCACUGGCUGUAAUGUUGAGAAUGCCUCCUAUGGUCUCACAGUAUGUGCAGAGAGAACUGCGAUACAGAGAGCAGUGGCAGAUGGCUACAGAAGAUUUACAGCCAUAGCCAUCACAUGUGAUAUCAAAGAUAGUUUUGUGGGACCCUGUGGUGCUUGCCGACAAGUAUUAAUGGAGUUUGGUACAGAAUGGGACGUUUACCUGACUAAGCCUGAUGGAACCUAUAAGAAGACCAGUCUCAGAGAUCUCUUACCUUUAGCAUUCACCCCAGCUCACCUGGAAAAGAACUGAUUGCAUUGUCCAACAUUUUUUUAUUUUUUUAUUUUGGACUGUUCUGAAAACAUUUUCUUUUUGUUCUGAGAAAAGGAUCAAUGCUGCAUGUGAACAAUUAAAAAUGUGAUUAUUCAUUUUGCUAUGCUUGAGAACUUUGAAGUGAUCAAUCCAAUUUAAUUAUAGUAUGAAGUAAUCAUGUGGUCGUGGAUGUUUUGUUCUACAACAUAAAUUACACACUUUCAUACCUCAAACUUGAACUUUGAAGCCAUGUUGAAUUGCAUACUUUUUUUUUUUUUUUAAACACAUG